AAGUCCCAUUAUCGGGGAAACGAAACAACUGCUUCUGCAAGAGUGUUUCAGGCACCUCCCAGAGCUCCUGUCCGGGAGACGCUUUUUGCCCAGGCAAGUCUAUGGGUCUCCCAGAAGGGAUGCGAGUCUACAAGAGUUACGUGGUGCUCGCCGGCGGGACGGCCGCAGCGCUCCUGCUGGUAGCCCUCACCCUGGCAUUCUGCCUGCCGGCGGCGGAGCGGGAGCCGGCGCAGUGCCAGGGCUGCGCGGCGAACGGCACCCUGGCCUGGCUGGAGACGCAGCGGGCCAGGUGGGAGCAGGCGAUGGAGCAGGUGGCGGUGCUGCAGACGGAGCUGGGCAGCGUCAAGCAGUCCCUGGAGGAGGCCCACGGGCGGUGGGACACCUGCACGACGCGGCUGGACACCUUGCAGAGGGACGUCACGGCCCUGGAGCAGGCGCUGGAGCUCCUGCAGCGCCAGGGAUCGGAGCAGGGGGCCAAGAUGGCCUCGCUGCAGGAGGCGAACAACAUGCUCAAGGAGGAUUUGGAGCAGCAAAGGCAGCAGCUGGAGGACGUGCAGAAGGGCAGGAGCAGUCUCGAGUCGCAGAUCUGGAACCUGCUGCACACGGUCCAGUUCCUGCAGAGCCAGAGGUCGAGCGGGAGCCAGCUGGCAGCGGGCAGCCUGGCCGCGCGCCUGAGCCUCCCGGCCGCGGCCCUCGCAGCGACGCUGCUCCUCUGAGCCCAGGCGGCUCGUGCUCGGCCCCCGAGCUGGGCUGAGGAGGGACCGUCCCCGUCCGGAGCGGCGGCGGCUCGGGGAGCGCCGGCUCCGGGAGCCCCCGGCCCAGCCUGCGGCUCGCCUCCGCCCGCGGCUGCGCCGGGACGCCUCUCGCCCCCGCGGCCGCCCGGGCCCUUCGCCGCCGCAGCCUCCGGGCGACACGGUUUGAUUCCGGCUGCGGACCGCUGGCUGGUUGUGCCGCGCACGGCGGGGGCCUCGGGCACGCCGCGGUUUGCUAGGAUUUAACCUAAUAAAACCUCGGGAAAAACCAAA